AUGUCCAUGAGGCUUCGAGAGACCGUCAAGCAACCUGACCGAUAUGACUCCGAGCUAUUUUAUAGACCAACUCCAAACCGGGCACUUCGCGAAGCUAAGAGGCAAAGACGACCUCCUUAUAUCGAUUUCGAUCCUACCCUGCCUCCUGCUGCGUUCCCCACACUAGACACGCCUCGCGUACCUGCAAAGACCACGAAAGAUGGCGAUAGCGAUGAGAGAAAGGCCAGUGGGAUGGGGAAUUGUGAGGAAUGUCCGUCGAGGAAUGGUCAUAACGGUGCUGGUGGCAAAGACACGGAGACGCGAGUAGAUUUUGAGGAUGUCCCAAUCAAUCUGAUUGAUAAUUACGUUGCGAGCAAUGGUGAUUUCAACCCAGUUUACGUGAAGAAUAUGACCAGAAUUGCAGCUGCAGAAAAGGAGUUCUCGAUUGUGGAUGGGGGCAUGGAAGAUAGCGAUACUGAUGAAGUGAUGACAUCGUUUCCAGUUCAGGACCCCAAUUGGCAUGAUCUAUCACCAAGACUUCAGGUGGAAAUCUUUGAGAACCUUCUCGAGUCCCAUAGCUGGUCAAGUGUCUCCCAUAUGCUUGGACUGACGGACGAAGAAUGCGAUCAGGCCCGCGAACACUUCUCCGGUCGUAACGAACAGAUCGUGCUGGAAAACCGACUACUUGAACGCAUGCGAGAAAAGCAACUCAGGGGGCUUAUGAGAAUAGACAACAGCAGUCGGCACAAACGGGUACCGCAUCAGCUUGUGUUCCGCAACGCUUCUAAACAGUAUAUUCACAAGCUGCGUGACGCUAUCCAUACAGACUACCUCUUGUGCCAUGCUGGCGAAAUCAUGAAUGCCCGAAGGUUCUUGCACAAACGUGGUAUUGAUAGGGGCUACGCUGGGACGUGGAGCAAUAGUUUGGCGGUCCUACAAAUCUUUGAAGAUGACUCGGAGCCAGAGACAUUUGAGUGGACAGAAAGGUUAAUUGAGCCGUGUUCUUCUAGGGCAAACAUUGCUGUGUCUAACAGUGACCAGACCCUAAGCGCGAUUCCAAGUAGCCAACGCCAAUUGUCCACGCUCACUAAAAGAUCUGUCUUUAACCCAAUUGGAAGAAGUGGCACUGUCGAUCCACAACAACUGAUAUUGCGAGAGGGUGACAUGGAGGCGCCUCCACAAAGGCAGAGUACUUAUGACAUUAUCAGCCAGCCAUUUAUCCCGCCCAGUGGGAUGGUUCAACUCAGGAUCGGCGCAGAGGGGGCCGCUCAGAUACGCGAUUCAGAACACUCGUGCAGUACAGCAGGGGAGCUCUUGAAUGUCUCUCCAACACCUGGUUCCUUCUAUGGGUCUCCACCAAGUUGCAGGGUCAUCGACGGAACCUCCUCCACGGAAAUAAGCCCAAGCCUACCUUCAGGAGGAAGUUUCUCCCUCAAUGUUCGACGAGCAUUAUCGAAGACCAUAGGUAGACAAUGGUCAAAUGGCUCCGCUGAAAACAACUCUAGAUCUUUUGCUACAUCGUCUAUGAGAUUAAAACAGAGACUUGAAGAGGUCAGACAAGAGUCACAGCGAGAGAGGGCAGAGCGAGAAAUUAACAAAGCAAGUAGUAACGCCAAUGCAAUUUCUCCGAUUUUCCAACCAAGACAAAGUCCCAUAACUCCUAAAAUCGAAUCGCGAUUGACACCACCCGGAAGGAUCAUGUUCCCAUCGGACCCUGAAGAACCAGAUGCAGGAGAGGAUAGCAUUCUCCCAUUUGAAACCACGGAGGGCUCACGGGAUAUGUCUAUAAUGGAGACCCCUGCUAGUGCCUUCGUGGUGUAUGAUUCUGACGAAUGGACAGCAUUAUCACCGACCACUGUUUCGAGCUUCUCCCUGAAUGAGCCGACGCAGUCAAUAGCCUCUGCUGUCGGUCUCAUAAACUCACCUGAAAACUGGUGCUCCGAGGAGGAGGAUGAAGGAGAAGGCGAAGAAGAUGAAAUGGUGCUUGUGCCGGCUGUGAUGAUCAAACAAGGCAAUGCCAGGGACUAA